AUGGCCACUUCAAAAACGACAAAUAUGUAUAACAGACAAAAUUGGGAAGACGCUGUAAGUAGAAUCAAGGUUAUAAUAUAUAUAAUCGACAUGAUAUAAUUGAAUUCUAUAUAAAUAAAAAAUGAAAUGUUUGAAAUAUUUAUAUUCUUUUGCUUUUCUUUUUAGGAAUUCCCAAUAUUAUGUCAAACUUGUUUGGGCGAUAAUCCUUAUAUUCGUAUGGUGAGUAAUUUCGUCAAAAUAUGAAUUUUGUAAAGAAAUAUUUAUUUAUAACAUAAUUUUUUUCUUUUUUAAUUUGCAGACAAAAGAAAGAUAUGGGAAAGAAUGCAAAAUAUGCAUGCGUCCGUUUACAGUAUUUAGAUGGUGUCCUGGCGCAAGAAUGCGAUUUAAGAAGACAGAAGUUUGUCAAACAUGCAGUCGUUUAAAAAACGUCUGCCAAACUUGUUUACUUGACUUAGAAUAUGGUUUGCCGAUUCAAGUACGUGACGCAGCGCUUAAAAUUAAAGAUGAUUUGCCUAGAUCCGAUGUGAACAAGGAGUACUAUGUACAAAAUAUAGAUAGUGAAAUUGGAAAAAUAGAUCCAACAUCGCCAGCAGGUGCUGUUGGUAAAUCUGCAGCUGCUAGUGAUUUGUUAAUGAAGUUAGCAAGGACUAGUCCCUAUUACAAGAGAAACAGACCACACAUUUGCUCCUUUUGGGUUAAAGGAGAAUGUAAACGAGGAGAAGAAUGUCCAUAUCGUCACGAGAAACCUACUGAUCCUGAUGAUCCAUUAGCUGAUCAAAACAUCAAAGAUCGUUACUAUGGUGUUAAUGAUCCUGUUGCUGACAAAUUAAUGCGCCGAGCAGCAGCCAUGCCUAAGUUAGAUCCACCAGAAGAUAAGUCCAUUACGACUCUCUACGUUGGUAAUCUGGGUGAUGUUUUAACAGAGAAGCAACUACGCGAUCACUUCUAUCAAUAUGGGGAAAUACGUUCUGUGACUAUGGUUCCUCGUCAACAGUGUGCCUUUAUUCAGUACACACAAAGGAGUGCUGCCGAAGCAGCAGCAGAAAGAACAUUCAACAAAUUGAUAUUAGGAGGACGAAGAUUAACGAUUAAAUGGGGACGUUCACAAGGAAGACAGACAGUAUCUGCAGCAGAAGCGACUAGGGAAAUCUUAGAACCUGUACCAGGUUUACCUGGUGCUCUGCCACCUCCACCAGAAAGCAUGGGAAAUAAUUUUUUCAAUCUGCAAACCACUCCCGGCAUGAUACCACCAAUGAUGAUACCACCUCCACCAGUUGCUCCCCAAUUUAUGUUUCCACCUCAAAUGGCAACUGCCACGGCAACACCUAUUUUCCCACCUGGAACAACUCCAAUACACUAUCCAAGUCAAGAUCCAUCAAGAAUGGGUGCAUCUCAAGGCAUAGGGAAACCUUGGCCGGAGGAAUGA